UGAAGAUUUCAUUAAGUUUCUCGGCAACCAAACAUAGGUUACGGGAAAAUUCAUUAGGCCCGCGAGCUGUUGGAUGAAAUGCUAGAAACCAACGUGGUAAGAUGGACUUCAAAGAUCACGGAUAAUGCACGUAGAGGCCUCGUCGACCAAGCGCUAUCUUGCUUCUUACAAAUGCUGCGUGCAGGUAUCGAGCCAAAUGCCAUAACGUACUCAGCCACAAUCAGCGCCUGUGCUCAAUCAACACGACCCAGUUUGGCUACAAGCCUGCAUUGUUUGAUUCUUAAAAAAGGGUUCUCAAAUCAGCCCUUUGUUUCAAGUGGGUUGAUCUCUAUGUACUCGAAGCAUGACCGCAUAAAAGAAGCUCGUUUCUUGUUCGACGAUAUGCCUGAAAGAGACGAUGUAUCCUGGAAUUCGAUGAUUGCAGGGUAUUCGCAACGCGGUUUGAACGAGGAAGCUUGUGGCUUGUUUUGUAGUAUGAUAAAUAGUUGCGAAAAUUGGAAAUUGCUUGUCAGUGAUUUUACUCUGGCUACUGUUCUCAAGGCUUGUGGCGGUUUGGGCUGUUCUAGAAUCGGCACAUGCGUGCAUGGGUAUGCAGUUAAAAUUGGUUUUGAUUCGGAUUUAUUUGUUUCUGGGUCGACCGUCUAUAUGUACUGCAAAUGCGGUAUUUUAGAUAUGGCAGGCCGAGCUUUUGAUCAAAUUGAAAAUAAGGAUAUUGUAGCUUGGAACACUAUGAUUACUGGGUAUGCUCAAAAUUGUUAUGAAGAAGAGGCUAUUGAAUUAUUCUAUCAGAUGGAGUUAGAAGGCUUUAAGCCUAAUGACACAACAUUUUGCUGUGUUUUGAAGGCCUCAACUGCAAUGUCGGACAGUGCAGUGGGUAGAUGCUUCCAUGCUAAAGUCCUGAAGUUGGGAUGUUCAAUGGAUGUUUUUGUGGCUACUGCACUAGUCGAUAUGUAUUCAAAAUUUUAUGAUAUAGAAGGUGUGGAGAGAGCUUUUGGUGAAAUGAGCAAAAGGAAUUUGGUGUCCUUCAAUGCACUCAUCACAGGCUAUAGUUUGAUGGGUAAGUAUGAGGAAGCAUUAAGAGUUUAUUCACAGUUGCAAUCUGAAGGAAUGGAACCCGACUCCUUCACAUUCGUAGGCCUUUUUUCCUCUUGCUCUGUAUCAGGUACUGUUGCUGAAGGAGCUCAAGUUCAUGUCCACUCGAUCAAGUUUGGUUUGGACUCGGAUGUCUCGGUUGGGAACUCAAUAGUGAACUUCUAUUCUAAGUGUGGCCUCACUGACUCUGCAUUGGAGGCUUUUGAGUCAAUAAAUAGACCUAAUUCCGUAUGCUGGGCUGGAAUUAUUUCAUGCUUUGCACAAAAUGGUGAGGGAGAGAAAGCCCUCAUGCAGUUCUGCAAAAUGCGCAAGUUUAUUGAUAAAACAGAUGAGUUCUCUUCCUCAAGUGUUAUAAAAGCAGUUUCAAGUUGGGCUGCGGUUGAACAGGGAAGGCAUUUGCAUGCCCAUGUGAUGAAGUUGGGGCUUGACUGCACAAUAUAUGUAGGAAGUGCAGUGAUUGACAUGUACUCAAAAUGUGGGAUGGUAGAAGAUGCACAGAACGUUUUCUCUGUGAUGCCUGAAAAGAAUGUUGUCUCUUGGAAUUCAAUGAUAACAGGUUAUGCCCAAAAUGGUUUCUGCAAAGAAGCACUUCUCCUAUUUCAGGAAAUGACAAGUUCUGGAAUUUUGCCCACAGCUGUAACUUUUGUUGGGAUCCUAUUUGCUUGUAGCCAUGCGGGUUUAGUGGAAGAAGGGAGAAACUUUUACAAUUUAAUGGUUCAUAAUUAUGGAAUUCCACCCUCAAUGGAACAUUGCACUUGUAUGGUGGACCUCCUUGGCCGAGCAGGUUAUCUUGAAGAGGCGGAGGCCUUUCUUCUCAGUUCUUCAUUUUCAAAGGAACCCGGAAUCUGGGGGUCUCUUCUUUCUGCCUGUGGAGUUCAUAAGAAUUCUGAUGUUGGCUCUCGAGCUGCUCAGCACUGCUUGUUUUUAGAGCCUCAUUAUUCCUCCUCUUACACUGCUUUAUCUAACAUAUAUGCAUCUAAAGAAUUGUGGUCUGAGGUAUCAAGAAUAAGAGAUCUGAUGAAGGAUAUGGGGGUUGAGAAGGAACCAGGGUGCAGCUGGAUUGAGUCAUUGAGGUUUGGAGUACAAUAAUGGCGUUCAUCCCGGGGACAGAUUUACGCUCCUUGAAAAUGACUGCAGCCCUAGCGCCCUCUCGAGCUUGGCAAUCAGUCAGAGAUGUGUGAUCACGAUCUCCACCAUAUUCCAAACUAUACACGAGAAAACCAGCAAGAACUGGUGAACUGGGUGAUGGUAAACCCUAAUCACCCCAGAGACCCCCAUCUCCCUCAGCAACCUCAUCAUCAUCAUCACUAACAUAAGCAGCCAGGUUCAGAUACCUCUCCUGAUCUGUCCUAUUGCUCCACCUGGCCCGACAAAUGACACAGCUAGCUGACCUCCUCCCUCUAGUCCUCUUCCAUGUCAACAAGCAUUCCUCAUGUAUGGGAUUCCUACAUGUUCCACAAGCCACCACCUUCUCCCCUCUUCCCAUCUCAUCAAGACAAACAGGACACAUGGUACCAUCCUCUAUUUCAAUUGCCGGCCUGGAAGAGCCCUCCCUUGCCUGCAAGAAGAGCUGAUGAAACCUCUCUCGAACACCAGCC